GUAUCACUCUGCAAUUCAUCAUGUCAACAUUAUUGUUGUUCGUGUUAGUCUGUUUUUCGUGUGCAGAUUCAGCGAAGAUUUUGGGUUUUUUUCAGUUUCCCUCGUUAAGCCACCAGAUAAUCUUCCAACCGCUUUGGAAAGAACUUUCUCUCAGGGGGCACGAAGUUACUGUAAUAACCCCCAAUCCUCUGAACGACCCCAAUUUGAGAAACCUCACCGAAAUAGACGUUAGAUUCGCAUAUGAUUUGCUCGCCAAACAGGACUUGGCUGGUAAUUUAGGGAAACAUAAAUCCUCCGUAUCAAAAAUCGUGUUUAUUGAAAAUAUGAUGAAGGAACUUGUCGAAUCGCAGUUGCAUCAGAGGGAUGUUCAAGAAUUAUUGAAGUAUGAUGAAAAUCACUUCGAUCUUGUGUUGGUGCAAGCUCUGCAUCCACUAGUUUAUAUUUUCGGGGCUAAAUUCAAGGCGCCAGUAAUAGGAAUGUCUUCUUUUGAGAUAUUUCCCGAAUUCCACGACGCUGUUGGAAACCCAACCCACCCAGUCAUAUCCCCCCUCUCAGGAAUACUAGGGUUCGAAGGGAAACUAUCUUUCAUGGACAGAGUUCAAAGUGUCCUAUUCAACUUCUGGUAUAGGACUGUAUACUACUGGUACAUCCUUCCAGAAGCAGACAGGACUGUGAGAAAGUACUUAGGAAACAAAGUUCCUUACCUGGGAGAUGUAAUUGGAAACACGAGCAUCUUCUUGGUCAACGGCAACUGCAUCGUCCACAAUGUCAGAGCCAACGUUCCGAAUGUGAUUCAAGUCAGUCAGAUGCAUAUAAAAGAAAAGAAGCCGCUUCCUAAGGAUCUACAAGAUUAUCUCGACUCUGCGACAGAAGGUGUGAUCUACUUGAGCCUUGGUACAAACAUCAUCAGUGCCAAUAUGUCAACCAGAAUAAGAGACGUUAUAAUUCAGGCUCUAUCUGAACUUCCCUAUAAAGUUCUUUGGAAAUGGGAAACUGAUUAUUUGCCUGGUCAACCAGAUAACGUGAUGACGAAGAAAUGGAUUCCCCAGCAAGAUGUACUUGGUCAUCCUAACGUCAGAGCUUUCAUCACUCAAGGAGGUCUUCAGUCUAUAGAAGAAGCCAUCCGUAAUGAAGUACCAAUGGUUGGACUGCCUUUCAUGAGUGAUCAACCAAACAAUGUGAAAAAACUCGAAGAUUUCGGAAUAGCAAUUGGAGUAGAUCACAAAACAAUGACGAAGAAUCAACUGAAAACGGCUAUUCUCAAGGUAGCAGAGAACAAGAGAUAUAAGGAUCAAGUGCGAAAAGCAAAAGACAUUUUGACAGACCAACCGCUGCAGGGGUUGGAAAAGGCAGUUUGGUGGGUUGAAUAUGUAAUCAGACACCAGGGAGCCAAACAUCUCCGCAGUCCUGCAGCCGAUAUGACAUUCUUUGAAUACUUCAUGGUAGAUGUUGCCAUUUUCCUAAUGUGCUGCAUACUAGCAAUCUCAUACGUGGUAGUCAAUAUAACGAAAUUGAUAAUGUCGACGAGAAUACAGUUGAAGAGAAAAGUCAGUUGAAUAAUUUUGAAAAAUUUCUCAGAUAACUGAAAUGAGAUCUCCACAGUAUAGCUUUAAUUUAAUAAUAUAACGAAAUACUACCUCCUUGUAUGAAGGUUGCGCCAAUGUUUUUUCAUUUGAGUUACAUUUUUUAUUAUACGAAGUUUUGUUGAUUUA